UAGUAUUUUGCAACAUUGACUUGCCACAUCCCUUUUGUAUUGACCAUCCCGCCGCACCAGAAGAUCUGGGUAGUUUCCCAAGUUCAGAGACUGUUUUUGUGACGGCUGCUGAUUCAUUUGGCUGUUUAUACCAUUUCAUUUUUGCUUUUUGACACCUCUGAAAAUGGGACUGAUUUCUGCGAUUAAUAGUUCGGAUGAUGUACCCUAUGGGGGCAAAAGUGCCUUUACGCAACUGGAGCACAACAUAGUGGCUGGAUAUCUUAUCACUGCAGGUGUCAUCAGUUUAGCUAGCAACAUUGUGGUGCUGCUAAUGUUUGUGAAAUUUAAGGAGCUCCGCACUGCCACCAAUGCCAUUAUAAUAAACCUAGCCUUCACUGACAUUGGUGUGGCUGGCAUCGGCUAUCCAAUGUCUGCUGCCUCAGACCUUCAUGGCAGCUGGAAAUUUGGCUACACUGGUUGCCAGAUCUAUGCAGCUCUCAACAUUUUCUUUGGCAUGGCCAGUAUUGGCCUCCUGACUGUGGUGGCCAUCGACCGAUAUCUCACUAUCUGCAGGCCUGACAUAGGGCAGAAGAUGACCGUGCGAUCAUACACCCUUCUUAUUGUGGCAGCAUGGCUCAACGCUGUGUUCUGGUCCUCCAUGCCUAUAGUGGGCUGGGCCGGCUACGCCCCCGACCCCACUGGAGCCACGUGCACCAUCAACUGGAGACAAAACGAUGCCUCCUUCAUUUCUUACACCAUGGCAGUGAUUGCUGUAAACUUUGUGAUGCCUCUUUCCGUCAUGUUUUACUGCUACUAUAAUGUGUCCGUCACCAUGAAGAGAUACAAAGCAAGCAACUGCCUGGAUAGCAUCAACUUGGACUGGUCGGACCAGAUAGAUGUUACCAAGAUGUCCGUAGUGAUGAUCAUUAUGUUCCUGGUUGCCUGGUCUCCAUACUCCAUGGUGUGUCUCUGGGCAUCGUUUGGCGACCCCAAGAAGAUUCCUGCCCCAAUGGCCAUCAUUGCUCCACUGUUUGCCAAGUCCUCCACCUUCUACAACCCCUGUAUUUAUGUUGUUGCCAACAAAAAGUUCAGAAGAGCCAUCAUGGGAAUGAUCCGAUGUCAAACCAGGCAGCGAAUUACCAUCAAUAACCAGGUUCCCAUGACGACUUCCCAACUCCCUCUGACCCAGUGACGUAACACUGCCUCAGUAUUUUACAUCGCAGCGUAUUAACAUCCCCAGAUAUUAUAAAACAAGCCACUAGGCACUGGGCACAUGGCAUGAAUCACUAUGGAUUUCCAUAAAAAUAUCAUGCAUCUCAGUUCCAUUCAAUGUUCAUUUUAGAUGCUAUAACCAUUUAGUUUUCAUUAUCAGUAUUUGUCAAUCAAUCAUUUUUUUGAAUGACUUUUUAUAUGCUGGGUGGUCUUUACUGGGUAAAUUCCACUUUUUGAGGUACCAUAGCUACUGUUUGUUCAGCACUCAGUGGUUGACUUCAAUAAUAAACUGAAAUGUAAAUUG